AUGCCUCACUUUACGGUGGUACCGGUGAGGGAUCGAGCCCAGUCUGGCUAUGACAGUCUGGAGGGUAUCAACACUGUGGACCACAGGGACGGUGGACUGCAGGAUAAUCAAGACACUGUUAGCUCUGAUGGACAUGGCAAUCACAAAGAAGACAGCCCUUUCCUCAACAGUCCUGAUGAGAAGAAAAAGAAUGACUUCUAUGACAGAAACUUGGCCUUGUUUGAGGAAGAGCUGGAUAUACGACCCAAAGUGUCAUCUCUGCUCAGUCGAUUGGUCAGCUACACAAAUAUCACCCAGGGAGCGAAGGAGCAUGAGGAGGAGGAGAGCGCAGAGGCCUCGCGGAGAAAUACUCCCAAGUCCCCUGACAUGGGCACUCUGAUGGGCGUCUACUUGCCAUGCUUGCAGAACAUUUUUGGGGUCAUCCUCUUCCUGCGGCUGACGUGGAUUGUCGGGGUGGCGGGCAUCAUGCAGUCCCUGCUAAUUGUCAUCAUGUGCUGCACAUGUACCAUGCUCACGGCCAUAUCGAUGAGUGCCAUCGCAACAAAUGGUGUUGUUCCAGCUGGUGGGGCCUACUUCAUGAUCUCGCGUUCUCUUGGACCCGAAUUUGGAGGAGCUGUUGGCCUCUGCUUCUACCUAGGCACCACCUUUGCUUCUGCCAUGUACAUCCUUGGAGCCAUUGAAAUAUUUCUGAAAUAUCUGGUGCCACAGGCCGCCAUCUUUCAUGCCACAGACCACCACGGCACUGACAGCGCGGUGCUGAACAACAUGCGCGUCUACGGUACCAUCUGCCUAAGUCUCAUGGCCGUAGUGGUUUUCGUGGGUGUCAAAUAUGUCAACAAGCUGGCCUCACUCUUCCUUGCCUGCGUCAUUAUUUCAAUUGUGUCCAUCUAUGCCGGUGCAAUCAAGUCUGUCACUCAUCCACCAGAGUUCCCGAUCUGCAUGCUUGGCAACAGGACCUUGGUUAGAGAACGUUUCGAUGUAUGUGCAAAGACUGUCAUCAAUGGCAAUAUCACAGGACCCAGUCAACUUUGGGACAUGUUCUGCAUUCCGGGGAACUUGAGCAGCGCACAUUGUGAUGAUUAUUUUCUGCAGAAUAAUGUCACAGAGAUCCAGGGUAUUCCUGGUCUAGCUAGUGGAAUAUUUAGAGACAACAUGUGGGGCGACUACCUCCAAAAAGGGGAGAUCCUGGAAAAGGAAGGGCUCGCAUCAGUGGACACCCGGAGUGUCGUGGAGAACUUUGGCAUGUAUGUGUCCGCAGACAUUGCCACAUCCUUCACCCUGCUGGUGGGCAUCUUCUUCCCUUCUGCCACUGGUAUCAUGGCAGGUUCCAAUAGAUCCGGAGAUCUCCGGGAUGCUCAGAAGUCCAUCCCGAUUGGAACCAUCUUAGCUAUUACCACCACAACUCUUGUUUAUCUGAGUUCUGUUAUCCUGUUUGGAGCCUGCGUCGAAGGAGUGGUCCUAAGAGACAAGUUUGGAGAUGCAGUUAGGAACAACUUGGUGGUCGGAACUCUUUCCUGGCCCUCGCCUUGGGUCAUUGUCAUCGGUUCCUUUUUCUCCACUGUGGGAGCUGGUCUGCAAACGCUCACUGGAGCUCCCAGACUUCUACAAGCCAUCGCCAAGGACAAUAUUAUCCCUUUCCUCAGAGUGUUCGGUCAUGGGAAGCUCAAUGGUGAGCCAACAUGGGCUCUAUUGCUGACUGUCCUCAUAGCUGAGCUUGGUAUCCUGAUUGCCUCAUUGGAUAUGGUGGCACCUAUUCUAUCUAUGUUUUUCCUGAUGUGUUAUCUCUUUGUAAACCUUGCAUGCGCUGUGCAAACACUGCUCCGCACCCCCAACUGGAGGCCGAGGUUCAGAUAUUACCACUGGACUCUAUCGUUCCUUGGAAUGAGCAUGUGCGUGGCCCUGAUGUUCAUCUCCUCCUGGUAUUAUGCUAUUGUAGCUAUGGGCAUUGCUGGGAUGAUUUACAAGUACAUAGAGUUCCAGGGCGCCGAAAAGGAGUGGGGGGAUGGCAUCAGAGGACUAUCCCUUAGCGCUGCCCGCUAUGCUCUUUUACGGCUAGAAGUUGGACCCCCACACACUAAGAAUUGGAGACCCCAACUGUUGGUUCUGUCAAAGCUGGAUGAGGACCUCCACAUUAAAUAUCCCCGACUCCUGACCUUUGCCUCACAGCUGAAGGCUGGAAAGGGUCUGACUAUUGUAGGAUCAGUCAUCCAGGGAAAUUUCUUGGAAAGUUAUGGGGAACUGCAAGCAGCUGAACAGACCAUCAAGAAUAUGAUGGACAUAGAGAAAGUCAAGGGUUUCUGUCAGGUGGUGGUGGCAACAAAAGUUCGUGAGGGGAUUGUCCAUCUGAUUCAGUCCUGUGGUCUCGGAGGCAUGAAACACAACACGGUGAUGAUGGGAUGGCCGUAUGGAUGGAGGCAAAGUGAGGACCCUCGAGCUUGGAAGACCUUCAUUAACACAGUCCGCUGCACCACUGCAGCCCACUUGGCUCUAAUGGUGCCCAAAAAUGUGUCUUUCUACCCGAGCAACCACGAGCGCUACACUGACGGCAGCAUUGAUGUGUGGUGGAUCGUCCAUGACGGAGGGAUGCUAAUGCUACUACCUUUCCUGCUCAAACAACAUAAAGUGUGGAGAAAAUGCAAAAUGCGUAUAUUCACUGUAGCUCAGAUGGACGACAAUAGCAUCCAGAUGAAGAAAGAUCUAGCCACGUUCCUGUACCAGCUGAGGAUAGAGGCUGAAGUGGAAGUAGUGGAGAUGCAUGACAGUGACAUCUCGGCGUACACUUAUGAGCGAACCCUUAUGAUGGAGCAAAGAUCUCAGAUGCUAAGGCAGAUGAGACUGUCCGGCGCAGAGAGGCAGAGAGAGGCCCAACUUGUGAAGGACAGACACUCGCUGGUGCGAAUGGGAAGUUUGUACUCAGACGAAGAGGAGGACACGUUGGACAGUCCGCUGCCUGAGAAUGUUCAGAUGACGUGGACAAUGGAGAAGUCUGAGGCCGAGAGGAGGAAUAAAAACAAUGCACCUGAAAACUUCAGAGAGCUCAUCAGCCUUAAACCGGACCAGUCCAACGUACGGCGUAUGCACACGGCCGUGAAGCUGAAUGAGGUGAUCGUCAACAGGUCCCACGAUGCACGGCUGGUCCUCCUUAACAUGCCGGGACCACCUCGCGAUACGGACGGAGACGAGAACUACAUGGAGUUUUUGGAGGUUUUGACCGAAGGUUUAGAACGAGUUCUGCUAGUGCGUGGAGGCGGGCGAGAGGUCAUUACCAUCUACUCGUGA